AUGGUUAUUAGCAGCCAUAUCUUUAUGUCCACUCUUCAUCAUCUCAUCCUCAUUUUUUUCAUCUCUCUGCUUGGAACUUCAUCCUACCUACAACUUAUUAAACCCAUUUCAUGUACCAAAGGCCCUAUUUUCAAAUGCUCAGAGGUGGAGAAGGCAGCACUUCUUGGCUUUAAAUACAAUCUCACGGAUCCAUCGGGUCGUCUCUCUUCUUGGGUUGGUGAGGAUUGCUGCAACUGGCUAGGCGUUGGAUGUGAUAACAGCACAAGAAAUGUCGUCAAGCUUGACCUCAGGAACCCAUUUUCGUGGUUUGAUGAUUUUGAUCAAUAUAACAAGUCAUGUCUGGGGGGUAAGAUAAAUUCUUCUUUGCUCGAUCUAAAACAUUUGAGUUAUUUUGAUCUCAGCUUGAAUAAUUUUAAUGGAACCAAUAUUCCAAAGUUUUUGGGUUCCCUUGAGAAUUUGAGGUAUUUCAAUCUCUCUUUCUCAAUGUUUUCUGGAGUUAUUCCUCCCCAUCUUGGGAACCUUUCAAGGCUCCAAUAUCUAGACCUCAAUUCAAAUGGCUUCUAUCCAACAUUGAAUCAGGUUGAAAGUCUAGAAUGGGUUGUUGGUUUUCCUUCUCUUAAGUACCUUGGAAUGGAUUAUGUAAAUCUUGAGAAAGUACCGGAUUGGCUUCAUGCGAUUAAUGUGCUUCCUUCCUUACGGGAGUUGCACCUAGCUAGCUGUGGACUUAUUAGUCUUCCUUCCUCUAUUUCCUCCAUCAAUUUUACACUACUUUCAGUUCUUGAUCUCUCUGGCAAUGAUUUUAGCACCUCUAUACCUCAAUGGUUGUCACAUCUAACCAACUUGCGAAGCUUGAAUUUAGGUGGCAACAAUUUAAUUGGGGAGAUAACUGAGUUUGUGGAUGGCUUGUCUCAAUGUUCCAACAGUAGCUCUGAAGAUGGGAACUUACCGUCAAUGCAAGAAAUUGACCUCUCUUUUAAUCAAUUGAACGGAACAAUUCCAAAAAACAUCGGGAAACUAUCAAGGCUUGUUUCAUUGGACCUAAGCGGGAAUUCUUGGGAAGGUAACUUAACUGAAGCUCAUUUUCAAAAUCUCACCUGGCUCAAAUCUCUUAAGUUGUAUGUGGAAGGUUAUGCGAAAGCAACAUUGGUUUUAGAUGUCAAACACGACUGGGUUCCUCCUUUUAAGCUGACAGAGAUUGAAUUAGCAAACGUACGGAUCGGCCCAAACUUUCCAGCGUGGCUAAAAACACAAAUUGAACUCAAUUAUCUUGCACUCGAGAAUGUUGGCAUUUCUUGUUAA